UUAUACUACUAAUGAUUUGGUUAAAAUAAUUGAUUAAAAUGGAACGUUAUCUUUAUUUAUUCCAUUUGCUGGGUCCUAGAUUGUAACGCAAGGGUAGUUUGUUCAUUUCACAAAGAUACAAUCCAUGACAUGUAAUGCCAACCAAGAACAUAGAAAUUCUAUCCGCUGUCCUCUCUGGCUCCCACUUCCAAUCAUAGUGUUCAGACACUUAUGUUUGUGUGUUGAAGCCUUAAAAACCCUGUUAAAACCUCAAGCACCAAACUUCUCACUCAAAACCUUCCUCCUUCCUCAACAUGUCUCUGCCACACAGAUCUUUAGAGGCCACCUUUCUUGCUUUUGUUCUUCUUUCUUUCUCACUUGCUGCUGCUGCUGCAGCAUAUUCUUCUAUUCAUGAGCUUCUCCGAAGCCAUGGCCUACCAGCAGGGCUCUUCCCAGAGAGUGUAAAGUCAUACAAUUUAGACCAAAGGGGUCGUUUGGAGGUGAACCUGGAUGCUCCUUGCCUCGCCAAGUACGAAACAAGAGUGCUCUUUGAAACGGUGGUUCGAGCUAAUCUUAGUUUUGGUCAGCUCAAGGGUUUGGAGGGUCUUUCUCAGGAAGAGCUUUUCCUAUGGUUACCUGUCAAGGAUAUCAUCGUCAACGAUCCAUCUUCUGGUCUCAUUCUCAUUGAUAUUGGUCUUGCACAUAAACAGCUCUCUCUUUCUCUCUUUGAAGAUCCCCCAGUUUGUAGAUCCCAAGGUCUUUCACUAAAUAUUGGGGGAAGGAAGAGCAUUGGGUUUCAAGAUCAGAGAUGAAGGAUUGCUUGUUUAUCUGAAAAAAAAAAGAUGGUUUCUUCUUUCCUCUUUACAAUUUUGUUUUGUUUUUCCCCUUUUUUUUUUCCUUUACAAAUAAAUAUAUGGUGCAAUGUGCAUAGAUCCAGUGAGAGUUGUGAUUAUUAAAUUAGAAAUCAAAGAAGGGAAAAAAGAGAAACUGAUAGGCGGUGUUUAUUGUAAAAAAUCUUUAUGCAAUUUUGUUUGCCGCAUUUUUUUCUUCUUCUAAUGUGCAAGAAAAGUUUUUUUA